AUGGGUCCACGGAUCUCGGCCUUAUGGCCGGCCGGUCUCCUUCUCGCUUCAGGGCUUUUCUUUGCUCCAGGAUUCCUCAGCCCUAGCGGCGUCAGCAGUCCCAGCAGCGGCCGAGUGGGACAGCGUGGAGCGGCUUGGUCUUCGUCGACACCGCGCAGCUUUCAAUCCUUUAGCUCGGGGGGCAGCCACACGGUACUGCUGGCUGCUGCAUGCCUGGCAGCAAGCACGUGUCGUGUGUUCAGGCGUACGCAGGACAAACAGCUAGCACCCUGCCACGUGGGUCGCGUCACGGCGGUUGCCCCGCAGGACCCGGUGGCUUCUGCGGCUUUCGCUGGUGCCUCUGCAGUUGACAAGGUUACCUCAUCUCGGUCCAAGGUGGCACGGCGCAGCCUCUACAGCUGCUACACGCUCUACUUCCGUCGAUGGAGGUAUUAUGAAGACCGUGCGCGUCGCAAUCUUCGCAACCGCGCAUACAACAUUUUCAUGAAGAACAAAUACAAGAAAGCCAUGAAGAAGGUGCUUCGUUAUACCGUCGAGUUGAUAUAUGGGGACAAACAGCCGGCCAGCCAUCAAGAGGUCAUGGAUGAGGUCAAGGAGAUGCUUGACGAGGCGUGCGAAGUGAUUGACGAAGUGACGGUCCAAGGAGUUCUGCAUCGCAACACGGCGGCCAAGCGCAAGGACCGCAUGUUCCGCGCGAUCCUGCGCGGAUCAGAGAAAAAGGGCCUCAUUACCCGUCCAUCAGUCGAAGAGGAUCCCCAGAAUCGGUUCUUGCCUGCCUACAAGAUCAUUGGCUACGAGCUGCCCGAGUGCAACUACGCGGAGCACCUCCAAAUGCUGGCAGAGCUCUUCAACUCCGCGAGCAUGACAGGCAGAGUCUCUUUGCAUUUAUCCGACACGCGGCUCCUUCGACUGCUCCAGGAGGUCGCAUAUCUCCGAGCUUCACGUGAGGUUCAUACUGGUUCAGCCAAGAAGACCGCACUGCCCGGUGCUGGAAAGGUGCCUCAGCUAGAUGACCGCGCAGGCAGCACAGGAGAGCGACUUCGCACGCGGCUGUUGGAGGCGCUGAAGGUCAUGGCCACAGGAGAGAGGCACCCCAGCAGCCAAAGUGGCAGCAGCAGCGGGAAUGCCUCGCAUGUGAACUCGAGCUCGGUCUCGGCUUGGACAGCUCCAGCGGUACCCCACGCUGCACUCGAGCGAGCGGCCGCAGAACUGGCGGCGCUCUUGGCAGGCGCGACGGGGUCGCAGGAGGUUCCAAAACCGCCAUCUGCUUUCCUGAGCGAGGUGGAGGAGUUGUAUGCAGUUUCCAGCGCCCCAUUUGGUUCACCGAGCAGCUCUCAAACAGUGCAGUCGGCAGGCAAGCCAUCCGCCGAACCAUAUGCUGCAGCCGCGGAGGAGUUGAGUGAGGUGCUGAGAUCUCUGCGUGCUCUCGAUUCCGUCAUCUCUGCGCAAACCACGUGGCGAUCGAUCUCCAUAGAGCCCUACAUGCCUGUGAAUGCCAUGUAUGGACCCGGGCUUGUAUUCAGUGUGAAAAUGUAUCCAUUGGACAAAAAGGAGCCGACGAUGGUCUGUGUCGGUGGUCGGGUGGACCACCUGGCGCGACACUUUGCCCUUCUACACACCACAAGCGGCUCAGACGCGGCGCUCGCCUCUGAGUCCUUCGCGCUGGGAGCCGCAGCAGGCUCCGACGAUCUGUGCGCAGUCUCUUCAGAACUUGCCAUGGACAAGCUUUCAAGCGGCUUGCUGCAGCUCGCGCAGGGUGCAGGGAGCACCUCGAACUCCAAGCAGCUCUUCCCUCAGCUUUCCCGAAACUGUGUCCGGAUGCUUUCUCUCCUGGCUCAGCAAAGGCUAGCUGCUUUCACACAGACAUGCGUCCGGAACAAGGAUGCAGUUGCGCUGGCUGAUCUGUGGUGCAGGGCUGCAGACAUCACCCUGUGGCCAUCGGGCACGUUCGCUGGUGCAGAGGCAUCGCGCCUUUCACUGGCGCGGAGGCUGCGCAUCUCGGGUGCUGCCUGCCGCUACCUCAGCAUCAAUUGCAUGGUGCUCCAAUCGGGUGAUUUGAACUGGCUUUCAGCGUGUUGUCGUGCUGUGGAGAUGCUGCAGCUGCGGUGGCUGGGCCCGGAGAUGAGCAUCGAAGCAGCAUGGCUAAGUACCUGGGCGCUGUCUCUCAGGUUGUUGACGGUGCAGUUCUGGUACGACGAUUGCCUGGGCUCUCCUCCGGUCAUGGAGGUGACGUGCCUGAUCCUCGAGACUUGCCAAGCACUGGAGGACCUGUGCAUCACCGGCAUCGACUGGCCCAGGGCAAAGCUUGCGAUUCUUCGGGCUUUGCAAACCCUGGAGAAGCGGCCGCUACUGAAAAGGCUCUCGCUGGAAGGCUCGCAAACGUGGCAUGAGGACGAACUUCGGAUGAUCAAAGCCAUGAUUCCACGGGUUGACGUGACCAUCCUGGCUGACCGCACCCGCUGA